UUCUCAAUUCAGUCGCUGAAUUUCUCUUUUUUACUUCUUCUACUCUCUUUAUCAUCAUUAUACCUUCCUGUCUACGUGAAGGAAUAUAGAAUAAACACCAUGUCUGCAACUUUCCAGCCUUUUCUACCUUUUUCCUGACACAAUUUUUUUCCCCUCUCCUAAUUCAAAGUGCUCGUCAGAUCCCUAAUUCAUUGUGUCAAAAAUUCUAUAUAGUUUUCAUCUAUCUCUCUCUGAUCUGAUCAAGACCCACUUCCCAGAAUGCAGAUUCUCAAAUGGGUUUUCAAGCUUUUCUUUAUAUACUCCAGUUUCAAUGUGUUUUCAGGAAUGCAAGCUCAGAGAAGCCCAAUAGUGUGUUCAGAGGCAGACAGAGCUUCACUUCUUGGUUUCAAGGCCAAAAUUGUGAUGGAUACUACAGAAAUUCUAUCUUCAUGGGUAGGCACUGACUGCUGUGGAGGAGAUUGGGAGGGUGUGGAGUGUAAUCCAACAGGAAGAGUCACUGGGUUGAAGCUGCAGAGACCUGAUAGAGGGGCUGCCACUGGUUCUGGAAUGUACAUGAAGGGCACCCUUUCUCCUUCUCUUGGUGCAUUGCAGUUCUUGGAGAUGCUGGUGAUUAGUGGUAUGAAGCACAUUGCAGGACCAAUUCCUGAUAGCCUCUCAAAUCUAACCCAUCUCACAACAUUGGUCCUAGAAGACAAUUCACUUGAAGGGAACAUCCCUUUAGGUCUGGGUCACUUGUCUUCACUCAAAGCCCUUUCUCUCAGUGGGAAUCAGUUGAGGGGCCAAAUUGAUCCUAGUCUAGGCAACUUUAGGAACCUUAACCUGUUAAAUUUGGCAAGAAACUCUUUUUCUGGUCCAAUCCCUUCUACUUUCAUAAGUUUCAUCAGUUUGCAGUCUCUUGAUCUUAGCUUCAACUUGUUUACAGGGUACAUUCCAGAUUUUGUAGGGCAAUUUCAAAACCUCACAUAUCUUGACCUCUCCAAUAAUCUACUCUCAGGGCAGGUACCCAUUUCAAUGUUUAGUUUGGCAAGUCUUUCAGACUUGUCAUUAAGCCAUAACCAGCUCACAGGAACAAUCCCAGACCAGAUUGUAGGAUUAAAGUCCUUGACCAGUCUUCAGUUCUGCGAAAACCGGUUUAUCGGUCAAAUUCCAGAGUCCAUUUCAAGAUUGCAGAAUCUUUGGAACCUUAAUUUGUCCAGAAAUGGAUUCAUUGAUCCUUUACCAGUCAUUCCUGUCAGGGGCCUUCCUUCUCUGUUGUCAAUAGACCUGUCUCACAACAACCUCAGUUUAGGCCUUCCUUCUCUGUUGUCAAUAGACCUGUCAGGGACAGAUUCCUUGAGCUCUUUAGACCUAUCUGAUAACUUCUUCACAGAUGGGAUUUUAGGCUUCUUCACAAAUAUGUCUAGUUUGCAGAAGUUGAAGCUCUCAAAUAACCAAUUGAAAGUUGAUCUUUCUGCAAUCAAAUUGCCAGACGGGCUUUCGAUGAUCGAUCUUCACUCAAAUCAGCUCACUGGAUCCCUCUCAAGCAUCCUAAACAACAGGACAAGCAGCUUUUUGGAGGCUUUGGAUGUAUCAAACAAUCUAAUUUCAGGUGUGAUUCCAGAGUUCAAUGAAGGAUUGAACCUGAAAGUCCUGAACAUUGGAAGCAACAAGAUUGCUGGAUACAUCCCCAUUUCAAUCUCAAACCUGAUUCAACUUGAAAGGUUUGACAUUUCAAGGAACCAAAUAGCAGGCACCAUCCCUUCAAGUUUAGGUCUAUUGCUGAAUCUUCAGUGGCUUGAUCUCUCUAUCAAUAGGCUCAGUGGAAGAAUCCCAAAUACCUUGUUGGGUAUUAAGGAUUUGAGACAUGCUAACUUCAGGGCAAACAAACUGUGUGGAGAGAUUCCACAGGGUAGACCUUAUAACAUCUUCCCUGCAUCUGCUUAUGUACACAAUCUCUGCUUAUGUGGCAAGCCCAUGCCACCUUGCAGGACCAAGAUAACAGGAAAUUUGAUCUAGUGAGAUGCAGACUCAAGUGCCCAAGAAGAUAGGCUCAUGCAUGAUGAGCAUUCAAUGUUAUGUUAUAGAAAAGGAUAGGUUAUAUUUUCUGCCAUAGUUCAUUUUUUUUAUCUAUCACAAAUCUCCCACUUCAUUUUGAAUAAUACAAAUCCUUAAUUCAGAA